AUGGUUUUAACCACCCCGCAACUGAACAAUGUGCUGAAUACCCUUCGUGAUGACUUCAAUACAAGCCCUGGUGAAGUCUUUCUACUGUUCCUUUGCAAUACUGCAAACGGCGAGGAUCAGCGUGGCAUUUCUGCCGGCAUAAUUGAGUACGCACCCAAGAUCUUGACAGCCAUGGAGAGCCAUCAGAGCUUAUCAAGAGUGUUCUUUGAUAAGGCGAAGGAGUCGGUUGUUCGCCGGUGUACGAAGGAAGUGGCUGAGCUGUCAUUGAAAGUACAUAACGGCCAUUUCAAUGUGAAGACUAUGACGGAGGAACAAAUUCGUGCGUACAAAGUUGGAGAGGCAGUCGAGAAGAUCCAUAAUGCUGGCCUCAAUCCAUCCACCUGCGCCAUGACUAAAGGCAUCCAGAAGGAUAGAGUCUUUCCUGAUCCUGUCGGCGCGAAAGUUUUCGAGUACGCUUGA